GAAACCAUCAGGUCAACAACAUGCGGAUUCAAUGUCAAAGACACACCGUGUGCUGCACAUCAUGAAAUCGCUUCAUUAAUGUAGAUCUUUUAUACAGAUAUCGUGUCUUUUGAGGCUCCUUGCUUGCUUGGUCAUCAUGGCAACGUGUGGAGGAUGCCGGUUCUUUUUCCGGACUCUAAGGACUCUGUGUAGACCACCCAGUGCUCUGCCUUUAACUAAGCACAUGACUUUGUCCACCUCUACAAGGCCUUACUCUCUGGACUCAUUCUCCUCUGGGUCGAGGAUGCCAACAUCUCAGUCUGGCAAAGCAGAGCGAAUCUCUCCAUCUUCUGGUUCCGUUCAAAGGAACCUCUCUGUCGUCGCUGUGCCCUUGAAGGGUCAGUUCCGCCCACUCUGCCGGUACGACCCUUUAGAUCUGGGUGACAUGGAUGAGAACACACAAAAAGCGCUGGCCUGCAAAAGCAUGAGGCGGUUUAUUGUGGACCCUGCCCUUGCGAGAAUUGUGACCGACCACCUCGCAGGAGACAUUGAAGAUGGGAAAGCUGUUAUAUUUGAGUGCAACCCAGGUCCUGGAGUGUUGACACGUGCUCUACUGAAUCGUGGUGCUCAGAGAGUGGUUGCACUGGAGAGUGAAGCGUACUUCCUUCCGGAGCUGCAGGAUCUGGAGAGCAAGCUAGAUGGGCAGUUGGAUGUGGUUCAUUGUGACUUCUUCAAACUAGAUCCCAUCGGCCACGGUAGCAUGAAACCACCUGCCAUGUACUCCAAGAAGCUCUUCUCUAAUCUUGGCAUCCCUGAGGCACAUUGGUCAGCAGAUGUCCCAGUGAAGGUGGUGGGAAUCUUCUCUCAGAGGAACGAGAGGAGUCUGCUAUGGAAGCUCAUCUAUUGCCUGUUUGAACGCCUUUCUAUUUUUCACUAUGGACGUGUGGAGCUGAUCAUGUUCAUCAGCAAAAAAGAAUACACGAAACUGGUGACCCGUCCAAGAGAUUAUAAGAACUACCAAGCUUUUAGUGUUCUCUGGCAGAUGGCCUGUGAUAUUGAGUUACUGCACGAGGAGCCGUUGUCGUCCUUUUUGACAACCAAGAGGAAUGGAAAGUCAUCCACAAAGAGCACAGUUGAUAACCUCUGCUUGGUGCGCAUAACCCCACGUGAGGACUUGUUUUCCUCCCUUCUCUCUCCCUUAAAUGGCAGCACUCUGGUCAUAAUGGUGAAACAAUGCCUUGCCAAAAGGAAAAGCAGGCUGAUUGAACAAAUUAAUUCAUGGAGUCCUGGCAGUGGGCCAGACCUAAUUUCAAAGCUUGGCUUCUUUAAUGACACUCUGACCGGCGACGUUUACCCAGAUGAGUACAAGCGCCUGUUUGAGUUAAUGGAGCAGUCAGGAAACUUCGCUGAGAGCUGGCUUUACGAAGAGACCUUGGAAACCAAGAACACUGGCCGCGGGUAACAUGGCCUGGGACAUAUUACCCGCAGAACUAAUCAUGGACGAAAAACAACUGCUUGAUAAGCAACAGACUGUAUUGCUUAAAAAGAGACUCAGAUUUUAUAUGAGGACAAACUCUCUUGGUUAAUGAUGCAAAUAAUUAGACUAACAUGUCUAUUAAGUAGUUUUGCCAUGAAACGCGUUAAAUAGCUAUUGUAUGUGUGUGUGCUAAAAGUGCACCAAAACUCUGCGUUAUAGCUUAAUAAUCACUGGAAAAUAUUGCAUUUUCAUUAUAGAAGAAAUAGCCAUUUGUAUUCCUAUAAAUUAGGAUUUCCAACUCGAUUAUUAUGUGAAAUUUCAAACUACCCUAUUUGAAAUGUUUUUUUUUUUUUUUUUUUCUUUCAUAUUGAUGUUUUGAAUGGUUGCUGUAUUUAAAUAUAUAUAUAUAUAUAUGUAUUUUUAAUAAAAUAACUAAGAGAAAUUCAUUGCUCGGAUUUGAAGUAAAGAAUUCA